AGCCGGGCCAGACACACGGGGGUGGACUGAGCGAGUCUGCCCCAGCCGGGUGAGGUGUGACGCCCCAGCCUGGGGCGGGCUGCUUGAGUGAAAAGCAGCCAGCAAGGGUCUCUGCGGGGGCGGGGGCUGCUGCUCCCAGCUGCCACCGCUGAGAUGGGUGACUGGAUUAAACCCUCUUUUCUCUGCCACGGGUGCAUGGAGAAGGCCUUUGCAAACCCCGUUGUUCUCCUGCAAGGGCUGGUCCCGAAUCUCGCCCCCAGGGAGGCAGCCCUGUGCCUGCAGCCUGAGAGUCUCUGCUCCUGCUUUGCCCGCCUGCCUGGUUGCUAGGGCUGGUUGUCAGGCUUUGUGUUGGGCAACAGUGGCCCAGCAGGACAGCUGGCCCACAGGGAGUCGCAGAGCCCGGCAGGGGUGGCGUGGCCCGCAGGAGGUGGGCACGGAGGGCAUGGACUUGGAGGCCGACCGACCAUACGUCCCUCAGGGGACACUGGAGACCGACUUCCCAACCCCCUUGUACAGUGAUGAGUUCCUCUCACUGCGUGGGCCCCGCAAUGCCCCCAUCCUCAAGCAGGCCGUGCGCUGGAAGUGCACCCCCAUGGGGCGAGACGCCAUCCCCCAGACCUGGUACACCGGGCUGACCAACAGCGACAACCGAGACGCCUGGUACACGCUCACCCACGGCAUCAGCCGCGCGGCCUAUCACCGCUGGUUCCAGGACCACGCCAGGAGGGAGCGGAAGACCUUGCCCCCUGCCUACGCUCAGCACCUGCGGGAGGCCUCGUGGUACGACCCAGUGGUCCCUGCCCAGUACUUGGAGCCCAGCACCAGGUGGGGGGCCUUCCUGUGGCGCGACAAGCCCAUCCUGGGAAAGGAGUUCGUUGUCAACCGCAACCGCUGCAGCACGGAGCUGAGGGGCCGCGCUGGCUACGUGCCCGGCUUGGCUGCCCACCUGCCGCCCUUCACCACCAGGGACCUGCGCACCUGGGCGGGACAGAAGAGACUCGUGGACCCUCCACCCCCCCAGUGGGUUCCCCCAGAGCAGUAG